GUCUGAUUCUGCCAAUGAAUUUGAUGGAACUAAAUGAAAACGUGAUAAAUUAAUGUCUGAUAUUUACAGGCUCCCGCUAGAGGGCGUACUCGAGCAUUGCGAUUGCGAAUAGAAAUUGCAACAAACUUUAGCUGGAUAUCAAAACACCCAAAUGAAACAAUGCCAGCAAUAUUCAUCCCCAUCAAGCUGAUUCUUGUGGUUUUGCUCCUCCACCAGACAAAUGGAUUAAGAAACCUAGCUUUUAAACCUCUCACGAUUCCACAGCAUGCAAAGAUGGUUUCCGGAAUCACUCAAGACAACAUCAUAUUGGCGUGGAUGAAUACGGAGGCUACAUUAAAGAAAGCAUACUUCAAACUGAUUAAAAGUGUAAUAACGAAUUCAUUCGACUGGUCUCUCACUUCUAAUAUAUCUCAUAAUUGUACUAACAGUUUAUUUGAAUACUUAAAUGGAUUGAGGCACAUGAAAACUUGGGCUUUCAAAAUGUUCGAUUCAUCUGGAAAAAUAGCAAAUGGGGUGUUUGGUGGAAAUCCCACGGCGUUUGGUGAUUUCGAGACUUGUCUUGAUAUAGAAUCUCCAAGUGGAAAAUUUAAAGGACAGUUUUGCGAUAUUGAUUUCGUUCCAACAUUGCCGGAGAGAAAGAUGAUGUCACCAGCAGAAAAGCCAAUAGAAAUUAUUGAUACACUGUUUGAGCCUGGCACAUUGACUGAUACCUUCGCAAAAAUGGCUAAUUAUCUCUAUGCUGCUCAAGUACGCUUAAAUGCCUGUCUCCCUUCAACUUGUUCAAAAGAAGACGUAAGAGGCUUGAUUUCUAGCGUUUCGGCGUAUAUGAAGAGUGAAAAUCAACUAAUUGUACGACAUUGUCACAUUAAAGAAGAACUGGAACUUACAGCCAUGGAGAUUUUUAUUUACGCAUUAUUCAUCGUUUUAAUCUGCUUGCUGGUACUGGGAACCUUAUUGGAGAUUAUUUUCAGAAAUAAACCAAAGCAUGAUUUUCAAACAAAGAACAAGAGCGCAGCAAUAAAGGCAUUAUUAUGCUUUUCUGCAUACACAAACACCAUUAGACUUUUAAAGGUCGACAAGAAUCCAGAUACUCUACACAUGUUCCAUGGUCUUCGAGUUUUAUCAAUUACUUGGAUAAUAUGGAGUCAUUCAUAUCUUGUUGUUAGUUACCGAGCAUUUGAUGGAGCCUUUCGCAGCAGAAGCUUAGGAAAAGAAUUUAUCUUCCAGUUAGCACCAUGUGGAUUUUUAGCGGUUGAAAACUUUUUCUUUAUGAGCUCAGUUCUUCUCUCAUACAUUUGCGUCCGAAUAAAAGGAAGGAUCAGUAUGCCAUCACUAUUCCUGAAGAGGUAUCUCAGGCUGACUCCAACAAUGAUGUUAGUUGUAGCUUUCUUUGCGAUUAUUGGACGUUUUGGAUCUGGACCUCUGUGGAAAGAAAUUGUUGCUGAUUCAUUGAGCAAGAACUGCUUAGAAAGAGGAUGGAUGAAUAUGUUUUACCUUAACAACAUCUUUUAUUCGCCCAAAACAUGCUUAGGAUGGACUUGGUACUUAUCUACUGACACCCAAGUAUUUUUACUGAGUUUAUAUGUCUGUGCCAUUAUGAGAAGAAGGCUGGAAAGAGGAUUCUUAUUAGCUGGAUUGGUAGUAGUUAUGGGUGUUUUGCUAUCAGCAUGUUCUCAUCUGUAUUACAAGCUUCCUCCUACUUACCUACUUUCGUAUUUGCAUUUCGAUGAUUGGUUUUUUUAUGCUGUCAAUGGAUACACACAAGCUCAUUUUCACAUUCCUGUUAGUGCUGUUGGAUUAAUUGUUGGUUACAUCUUGGCGACAAAAAGAGGCCAUAUACCAAAAGUAUUUUCUUGCUUAUUUUACAAUUUUUUUCAGUGAAUCAAAAACAUUUUGCUUUCAUUCUCGACUGUUUUCUCGUUUUAGUAGAGAAAAUUUGUAAAUGAAUAUAAGAGAAAAAAAAUCAUAUCAACAAUUUUUAGACCAAUCU